UUCCCCCCGUUACCAAGGCAGCGCACGUUACCAAGGCACUUCUCCAUGGGAGGUGUCCUGUCAGGGUCAGUGGUUUGUACCUGAACAUCUCGCCCGUACCGCCAGACACACAAUGCCUCAACAGUAAGCGGCACCGUCCGUUGUGAUUAAGGUCAGCUGUCAGACCCCAGUAACCGUCGUGCUUUGUAAUGGAGUCCACCUCCAUGGACACGGAUGUCCCGAUGGCAGCCAGGAAUGUGCUCCACGAGAGGCAAUCCCAAACGGCUGAGAGAUGUGGCGACCUGAGGGAAGGCUUUACGCUGCAAGGCAAGCUAGUGUCUCCGCUCUUUGGCCUGGGAGCUGCCCUCAGCGAGUGGUCGCAGAACUUGCAGAUGAAGAUGGAGUCCACGUGGCCGCUGGUCAAGGACGGGAUGUCCAUCCGUUACGUCAAGUUAAUCGCUGGGGGCGUCCUGGCCAGCGUGGCCGCCAUUUACCUGUGGAAGCUUUACCGCCGACUGAGUGUAGAUAGCGGCGACGAGUUCUGUACACACAAAGAUGACAUAGCAAGUGCCACGUGUACCUCUUCCAAGCUGUCGACUUCGGUUCUGAUCGAGAAGCGCCAGGUCCCCAGGUCCGCAACCACCCGCGUCGCAGACAUGUCCGCCACCGGCGUUCCUGUCAGAUCAGCUCCAGGCGACAGCAACGUGUGUAAGAGUGUGGCUGCCGGGACGCCAUCGCAGCUCGGGGGCGAAGGUUGCGAAGACAGUCCAGAAGGCGAAGCUGGGGGAGUAGAUCGUUCCGCUUGUAGCGGACUUCAACAAGACCCCGGAGCAGGCGAUACCGGUACAGGUCAUAGCCCUCGAGACGAUGCAAUGAACAGAUUGUCGUCGAUGGACGCCGACGAUCAGCAGGCGCUGUCAAAGUCUGUAGCCAUGGCGACGGUAUCUCCAAGCUCUCUCCCAACAUUGCUGUGCAGUGUCCAGGAACGCCACGUCAUGUGUGUGUCAACGCCGGCACCACAGGAACCUUUUCGUCCCUGUCAAGUCUCCACAACAGCACUGCCACCUGUCGCGGCCGAAAGCCUGAGUCCUGUUCAAAGUUGCAACAAAGAGGAGAACACUCCGAUGUCGGUGUCGACUACUCUGUGGUCCACAAUCAGCACGCAGCCAGACCUCAUCAACAGUUCCGCCUCUGGAAUGAAUCGCGGGUCUCUCACAGCUACAUCCCCAGCAACGGCCAGAGCUGAGACCAGACUGGAUAUUCAGAAAAUUUCUUCCCACAAUCAAGGUCCUCCCAGUCCGCCAACCAAGGGGCCAGUCCCCGUUAACGUCGCCAUCAUCGAUCCAGACUGCAAUGCAGUCAAGCGUGAAGGCUCAGCUGGCUGCCUCGAGGUCGGACUUGACGUCACUCAGGACCUUGGCAGGCCACAAGGACCUCAGCCACUUGCUCAGGUGGCGUACACUGCGGCUGGACAGGCCGUCGGAUUCCACAGCCUCCGCGCCUACGCGAGCGUGCAGUGCGCCACGCAUCCUUCUCCCUCGCCAGCCAGAAGCGUCGGAAACUCCCACCUAGACAGUCCGCAGAAUCCAGUGCAACAACAGCAGCAGCAGCAGGUCCUCUCAGACACGCCGCACGUCAGCAGGUGCCAGGCAGAAAGUGCAACAAACUCGAGAAGUCUCGCCCAGUGCGAGGCAUCAGCGGCCUGCUGCUCACUGUGCUCCCAGACUCUGCACGUGCAUUCGCCUUCGGUGCACGUGUACAACCUUCCAGCUCACGCCCGCUCACAUGGCUCUGGGCGGCCGGUGGCGGCUGCUGCUGCCUUACAGUGCCCGACAUUCAGCACACACCUGUCUCAUCACUACCAGCAUCUCCACGCUGCCACACCGCAGCCCCUCCUGCUGCCCCACGGCCACCAUUCCUCACCGCAGCGCUUCUCAGUCGCGAGGCCUCGCGAGGAGCAUUGUGGCCCCGCUGCUGCUGCUGCAUGUGGUCCGCGUCCAGCCCCCCUGCAGCAGUACCUCCACCCCGAUCUCUUUCCCGCAGUUGCGGCGGACGUGCUUGCGUGCGGCUCAUGCCACGCGUGUCGUGGGUCUGCUCACGAGUCGCCAUCUGACGGCCUGCGCACACGACUGACGGACCGCGGGCUUCCUGCUGACGCCGUGCAACAAGCCGUCAUCUUGUGGCGUCCUCCUCGCACGGGGGGAGCAUCCUCUGCCGGCUCCGUUGCUGCUGACCACGGUUACCCUCCAGUCAUGUAUCCCCAGCCUCUGCUGACAGGCGAACAUCUUUUGGACGCUCUCCGUGGCUCUGCCCUUCCUCCUUCCUCUCCCUCCUUCUUCCUCCACCACCAGCAUCCAGCGACAGCUCAGUUCCCUCCUUCUGCAGCCACGGAUCUCUACCUCGAUGGUUACAUAAGCUAUCCCUCAGCGCUGGGCGAAACCUUCUCUUCUCACGCUCCUUACGUGGUGUUUCGAGAUGGUUCUCCGCAGUUUUUCCGAUACUAAGUCCUUCCACAGCAGGUGUAGUGCCGAGCCUGGGGUACAUCAUGGCGGCUUGGGAACCUCCUCAUGGAAACGACUGAUGGAGCAAACAUGUUCUGUGUGCACAAAUAAGCGCGGCCAUGUGCCUCCAAGAUUUGUUGGGAAAGGAUUUACAUUAACUUAUUUCCUCCUGUAUUCCUGGGGAUUAAAGUCAACUGUAGGGGCUAUGGCAAUGUUUUCUUUGCUUUACUUGGCCCAAGUACAUGAAGAGGAAAACCUGAACCAGUUAUUUAUUGACACUGGCAUUUUUAGAUUUAUAUGCAUAUAUUAUUAUUUUAAAGAGGACCUGUGCAAAACUGACUAAACAAAGGCAAGAAAGGUAGAAUGUUAUGUGAAGUAACAAUAUACCUACAGACAAAUUUAAAUAUCAAAACUGAUUUUAUAUUUUAAUAUUUAAAAGAGAUUGACAAUGUGAACUGCAUGUAUACAAGUAAACAAUAAAGGCAAGACAGGCACAGUCAA